AGAAGAGCAAAAAUGAUGCAGUGCAGCCGAAUGACGACGACGUUGAAGAUGACGAACCUUCUGCUAGCAGUGGCCUGCGCCGCCGUGCUGAUGGGAUCGGCGACGGCGGACGAGGAGGAGGGGUCCAUGACCGUGGACGAGGUGGUGGAGCUGAUCGAGCCCUUUGGCGACGCCUGCACGCCAAAGCCGUCGAGGGAGAACAUCGUCGAGAUGGUGCUGAACAAGGAGGACGCCAAGCACGAGACCAAGUGCUUCCGCCACUGCAUGCUGGAGCAGUUCGAGCUGAUGCCCGAGGAUCAGUUGCAGUAUAACGAGGACAAGACGGUCGAUAUGAUCAACAUGAUGUUCCCGGAUCGCGAGGACGACGGCAGGCGCAUCGUCAAGACCUGCAACGAGGAGCUAAAGGCCGAGCAGGACAAGUGCGAGGCAGCCCACGGGAUCGCUAUGUGCAUGCUGCGCGAGAUGCGCUCUUCGGGCUUCAAGAUUCCCGAGAUCAAGGAAUGAGGCCAUGGAGCUGCUCGCUGGCCCACCAUUGCAUGUUCUCCCUCCCUUUUUUUUUUGUUAGUGAUUCAGUUCGAUUUAAUUACCAAAGCUAGAGAACUUGGAGUGGUUUCCCAAACUAAUAAAGCGCCCAACCAACAAGUU